ACACGGCACGCUCACAAUCCCUUUUCCGCGAAGCAAACAUAACAAACAAACAAAUCCCCCAAUUUCACUUCAACAAUCAAUACCCUCUCUCUCUCUCUCUCUCUCUCUCUCAUAAUCUGAAAUCUCCAUUUUCCCGACCCGAAUAGCGAUGGUUCCGCCGGCCGGUCCAACCCCAGCGAACCCGCAACUGAUUCAGCAGUUCCUGAGCUCAGUCCUCUCGCAGCGCGGCCCCUCGUCCCUCCCUUACUCCGAAGACACCAAAUGGCACAUCCGCAACCACCUCGUCUCUCUCACCACCGCCUACCCCUCCCUCGACCCCAAAACGGCGACGUUCACCCACAACGACGGUCGUUCCGUCAACCUACUCCAGGCCGAGGGCACCGUCCCCAUGUUGUUUCACGGCGUCACCUACAACAUCCCCGUCAUCAUCUGGCUCAUGGAGUCCUACCCCCGCCAGCCGCCCGUCGUCUACGUCAACCCCACGCGCGACAUGAUCAUCAAGCGCCCUCACGAACACGUUAAUCCCUCUGGUUUGGUCUCAAUCCCUUACCUGCACAAUUGGGUCUACCCGAGCUCCAAUCUUGUCGAGCUCGCCAAGAAUCUCAGCGCUGUCUUUGGUCAAGACCCGCCUCUGUUCUCUCAGCGCAGGCCCAAUCCCAAUCCAAACCCUAACCCUAACCCUAAUCUGGGUCAUUCCUCGUCAGCGAUUUCGAAUUCGGGUUAUUCCAGCUAUUCGGGCUAUUCGGGAUCUUCGGGCUCGGUUACUCCUGCCCGCCCCGCGAUCCCCCCGAGGGCGUACCCACCGUCCCCGUAUGGAAGCAGCGGGUCGUUUUCUCGGGUUCAGACCGAGGAUCCGAACGAGGUUUUCAAGCGAAACGCGAUCAGUAAGCUUGUGGAGAUCGUGCACGGUGACGUGGCCGGGUUGAGGAAGACGAGGGAGGCAGAAAUGGAAGGCUUGUUCAAUGCGCAGGCCGAGCUGAGACAGCGGUCUGAGCAUCUUAACAAAGGCUUGAAGGAGAUGGGGGACGAGAAGGAGGGUUUGGAGCAGCAAUUGCAGAUGGUGUUGAUGAAUUCAGAAGUUUUGGAGGGGUGGCUGAGAGAGAAUGAGGGGAAAGCUAGGGGCAGGUUGAAGGGUGUCGAUGUGGACGAUGCAUUUGAAUGCGUGGAUGUGCUUUCAAAGCAAAUGUUGGAUUGUACGGCCUCUGAUUUGGCUAUAGAAGAUGUUGUGUAUUCCUUAGAUAAGGCAUUGCAAGAUGGGGCAAUACCCAUUGAUGAGUACUUGAAGAAUGUGAGGUCUUUGUCGCGCAAGCAGUUCUAUGAUCGCGCUACGGCGGCGAAAGUCAGGGCUACCCAAAUGCAAUCACAGGUUGCAAACAGGGCUGUCGGAAUGCAAUCACAGGUUGCAAACAGGGCUGUCGGAAUGCAAUCACAGGUUGCAAACAGGGCUGUCGGAAUGCAAUCACAGGUUGCAAACAGGGCUGUCGGAAUGCAAUCACAGGUUGCAAACAGGGCUGUCGGAAUGCAAUCACAGGUUGCAAACAGGGCUGUCGGAAUGCAAUCACAGGUUGCAAACAGGGCUGUCGGAAUGCAAUCACAGGUUGCAAACAGGGCUGUCGGAAUGCAAUCACAGGUUGCAAACAGGGCUGUCGGAAUGCAAUCACAGGUUGCAAACAGGGCUGUCGGAAUGCAAUCACAGGUUGCAAACAGGGCUGUCGGAAUGCAAUCACAGGUUGCAAACAGGGCUGUCGGAAUGCAAUCACAGGUUGCAAACAGGGCUGUCGGAAUGCAAUCACAGGUUGCAAACAGGGCUGUCGGAAUGCAAUCACAGGUUGCAAACAGGGCUGUCGGAAUGCAAUCACAGGUUGCAAACAGGGCUGUCGGAAUGCAAUCACAGGUUGCAAACAGGGCUGUCGGAAUGCAAUCACAGGUUGCAAACAAGGAUGUCGAAAUGCAAUCACAGGUUGCAAAUAUGGCUUCCAGGCUUUCACAUUAUGUUUCCUCAUAGUACAUUCCUGGUUGUGAGUGUUGGUGGAUCGACUGGCUGCAUAUUCGGGCUCCAUUUCUCCACCGCACCAGUGAAUCAAUGGAUCAUUAUAGUAGAAAUGAUAUAGUUUCUAGUUAUAUUCCUGUAAAAAAAAAUAUGUCAAUGGUUUCUUUUCUAUUUUUUCUGUAUUGUUUUUUCACAAUUUUUCUUUAGAGACCGUUUCUCUGGGAAAUGUGUUGUUCAAUAAGUAUGAUAUGAAAACUCAUUUUUGCUCCAGAUUUAUAUAAGAAUAUCAGAUAUAGUCAUUACUCCUG